CAAUACCAGGUGCAGCAAAACAUGAUCCUGUGUUAAGGAAACAAUAAGUUCUGAGUGCAUGCUGACCUUUGUUCUUGACAGAAUUUGGUUGGUUACUCAUUUAUGUAACUUGGCUUUAGCAAUGGUGGUGUUUAACAACCAGCUGGGAAAAAUACCCGGAUCUUUUGCAAUCAAACAUUGCAGAAAGGUACAAAGGGGCUUGGAGGUCUCCUCUGUGCUUCCCGAUGCCUUCAGAGGAGGCCAGGGAAAGGGCUCUGUGAACUUAGGGGAGAGCUUCAUCUGCAAGCUCCCAGAUUGGCCUUGGGGAGACCAAACGCAGAUCACAGUUGAGUGACACACGGGUUGUGUUCUUGGCCUACACUGCCUCUCAGCCUGUUAGUCAUGCCUUCCCGACUGAUUGCUUAAUUAGACAACGAAGAAAACAAGGGAGAAGAAAGUUCCUAAGUGGGCAUUUGGUUUCCUGCUUCUUGACCAACGUCCGUAGCGUGUGCAUCACUGGUGCACAGGCAUUUGGAAGAUGCUCGUGGCAGCCGUGUGCUUGGCCCUUCUGGGCUGCCUGCAGGCACAGGAAUUCAGGGGACAUGUUUCCAUAAUCCUACUAGGAGCAACCGGGGACCUAGCUAAAAAGUACCUGUGGCAGGGACUGUUCCAGCUAUACCUGGAUGAGGCUGGGAAGGGCCACAGUUUCAGCUUCCACGGGGCCGCCCUGACAGCCCCCCAGCAAGGCCAGAAGCUCAUGGAUAAGGCUUUGGAAUCCCUCUCCUGCCCCAAGGACCUGGUACCCAGUCGCUGCGAUGAACUCAAGGCUCAGUUUCUGCAGCUGAGCCAGUACCGCCAACUGAAGACAGUGGAGGACUAUCAGACUCUCAACAAGGACAUCGAGACCCAGGUCCAGCAGGAUGGGCUCUGGGAGGCCGGCAGGGUCUUCUACUUCUCCGUGCCGCCGUUCGCCUACGCCGACAUUGCCCGUAACAUCAACAGCAGCUGCCGACCACACCCAGGCGCCUGGCUACGGGUUGUUUUUGAAAAACCCUUCGGCCAUGACCACCUCUCAGCCCAGCAGCUGGCUUCAGAACUUGGAAGCUUUUUCCAGGAAGAGGAGAUGUACCGUGUAGAUCAUUACCUGGGCAAGCAGGCGGUGGCUCAGAUCCUGCCCUUCCGAGAUCAGAACCGCAAGGCCUUGGAUGGCCUCUGGAACAGGCACCACGUGGAGCGGGUGGAAAUCAUCUUGAAGGAGACCGUGGAUGCAGGAGGUCGGGCCAGUUUCUACGAGGAGUAUGGCGUCAUCCGAGACACGCUGCAGAACCACCUGACUGAGAUCCUCACGCUGGUGGCCAUGGAACUGCCCCCAAACAUCAGCAGCUCAGCCGCCGUGCUCCAGCACAAGCUCCAGGCCUUCCAGGCCCUGCGGGGGCUGCAGAAGAGCAACGCCAUCCUGGGCCAGUACCAGGCCUAUAGUGGGCAGGUGCGCCAAGAGCUGCAGAAGCCAGACGGUUUCCAGAGCCUGACGCCAACCUUCGCAGGUGUCCUUGUCCACAUCGACAACCUGCGCUGGGAGGGCGUCCCUUUCAUCCUGAUGUCUGGCAAGGCCUUGGACGAGAGAGUGGGCUAUGUUCGGAUCUUGUUUAAGAAUCGGGCGUACUGCACCCAGGGCGAGAGACACUGGGUGCCGGAACGGAGCCGGUGCCUGCCCCAGCAGAUUGUCUUCUACAUUGGACACGGUGAGCUGGGCCACCCUGCCAUCCUGGUCAGCAAGAACCUGUUCAAGCCCUCUCUACCCGCUCAGAGCUGGAAGGGGGUGCAGGACCAGCCUGGGCUCCACCUCUUUGGCCGCCCACUGUCCGAUUACUAUGCCUAUAGGCCCGUGCGGGAGCAAGAUGCCUACUCCACGCUCCUGUCCCACAUCUUCCACUGCCGCAAGGAGUCCUUCAUCACCACAGAGAACCUCUUGGCCUCCUGGGUCUUCUGGACCCCGUUGCUGGACAGCCUGUCCUUUGAAGUCCCACGCCUGUACCCAGGAGGCGCGGAGAACGACCAUCUGCUAGACUUCGAGUUUAGCGGGGGUCAGCUGACCUUCUCCCAGCAGCAGCUAGAGGUGCUGAUGCCAGAACUAGGGUCAGUGCCAAAGCCCAGCGACUUCCAGGUCCUUAGGGCCCAGUAUAGAAAGAGCCCACUGAUUACUGCCUGGCCAGAGGAGCUGAUCUCCAAGCUGGCCAAUGACAUCGAAGCCGCCGCAGUGCAGGCGGUAAGGCGCUUCGGCAAGUUCCACCUGGCACUGUCAGGGGGUUCGAGCCCCAUAGCGCUCUUCCAGCAGCUGGCCACGGGGCAUUACAGCUUCCCCUGGGCCUACACGCACCUCUGGCUGGUCGAUGAGCGUUGUGUCCCUCUGUCAGAUCCAGACUCCAACUUCCAGGGUCUGCAGGCUCAUCUGCUGCAGCACGUCAGGGUGCCCUACUACAAUAUCCACCCCAUGCCGGUGCACCUGCACCAGCGGCUCUGUGCUGAGGAGGACCAGGGGGCUCAGACCUAUGCCAGCGAGAUCUCAGCCCUGGUGGCCAACAGCAGCUUUGACCUGGUGCUGCUAGGCAUGGGCACCGAUGGGCACACGGCUUCUCUGUUCCCACAGUCACCCAGGGGGCUGGAUGGUGACCAGUUGGUGGUGCUCACGGAGAGCCCAUUCAGGCCACACCAACGCAUGAGCCUCAGCCUGCCCCUCAUCAACCGGGCCAAGAAGGUAGCUGUCCUGGUCAUGGGAAGGACAAAACGUGAGAUCACCACGCUGGUGAGCCGCGUGGGCCAUGAGCCCAAGAAGUGGCCCAUCUCGGGUGUGGUGCCUCUUUCUGGACAGCUGGUUUGGUACAUGGACUAUGAGGCCUUCCUGGGAUGACCAGAGUCAUCCUGGUCUUAGUCACUCUCAGCCGCCCAGUGUGCCUCAGCUGUGCGGAGCCUGGUACCAGGGUCAGGCCCCAGAGAAGGGACGACAAAACUGUGAUAGCUUCCUGGACCCACUGGUGCCUGGGAUUACGGUGUCUGUACGUGGAAACGAGGUAGAGCCCAGGCCUCAAAACCCAGGCAGGAGAGAGGCUAAGGCCUCUAGGUGUCCCACACCAGUAUCUACAACACACAGUAAGACUGGGAAAAGGCUCCAUGCUAAAGAACCAAAGAGGCCUGCCAAGACUGGCCCAGGAUCUUUGAACUGGUUUCUGUGGGAAGAGGGGCCAGCAUGGGUGAGGAGGGGGGUACAGAGACUCCUGGUGAAGGUCUUGCUCUGAGCCAGGCCGGAAGAGUAGACACGAUCCUGAGAUUGCACCGAGCUCCCUGCCUCUUCUGAUAUCCGUUCAUCCCUCUGUGCAUCUGGCUGAGGUCUGGCCCUUCUCUAGGCAGCUUCUAUCUGCUCUGGGCAGACAUUCACUGCCCUCUGUGUUCCCCUUGACCCCUCAGCCUCUCCCUCUCUACAGACACUCCCAUGUCAAAGGUCCCCCGGAAUCUAGAGACCAGGGCUCCCUUUUCCCACCGAGAACUGUCCUGCCAUCUCUGGGCUGUCAGGCAUCUCUGGUCUAUAGGCAGGAUGGCUCUGUCUGCUUCUGGGUCGGGGGUGACUCCAGCUCACUGCCUCUUUCUAGGACUUACGUGGCCAAUUCCCAGCACCGGGGCAGGCUGCUGCUAGCUCUCUUCACACUACCUCUCGGGGGCUUUAAGCCUGGCAGCUGACCCCCCCUGCCAGGUUCUCCACCUUUCUUACUCGCUAAUCUGGUGCUGCUGGGGACACUAUAGGCAGCUCCUAAUGUCAGCCUCCUCCGGGGCUUCGGGAUUUUUAUUUUUCAACAGAAAGCCAACAAUACAAAGCAAUCGUCUGAGGGCACACAGUUUUCCUUUCGGGCUCCUGCUUAGUCGUGGCCCCCUCCUCACAGUUACCUGUGUGUCAGUCACAGAGUCUCAGUGUCUUCCAGAAUUUUCCCAGAGAGGGGUUUCCCUGUGGUGAGGAGCAUCAGGAAAUCUUGUUUCUCUACUUUUAAUUGAUUGCACUUUCUCCCAGGCAGCGGAAAAACAUUCUUGCUUUCACUAGAGAUGCGUGCAGUGUGUGGCCUGAGCUGGCCCUCUGUGGGAAAGGUACUCGUUAAAAUUCGGCUUACUCUGGCCUCCUGUGACCCAGACUGACAGAAAAGAGGAACGCCCUGGGGUCCUUUCCUGGCCUGCUUUGGUCAGGCUUGGACGCAGGUAGCUGCAGGUGCAAUUACACCUUUGGCCACGUGGGGGAGCCCACGUGCCACCACUCACAUUCCACCCAGGAGGCGGGUUUAGUGCCAAACGUCUUUUCUUUGGGUUUAUUUUUCGCUCUCUGCCUCUCUGGCUUCUUGGCCCAGUGCGUUUUCCUCUGUUCUUUACGGACUCAGCCUUCUGCAGUUGCAACAUCAGAGAGGAAAGGGUCUUGCAUGCCUUAGCAGAGAGGGCGCACAGGCUCUGUGUCACCAUUCUGAAUAACGGUGAGUCAUUGCCCAGCCCCAGCCUAGAAUGUCCUGUUCUUACCCAGAAGAAUGACUCGCCUCUGUCUGUGGGGAGUCUGCCCAGGGGAGGCCAGUGUGGGGAAAUACCAAAGAUCUCCUUUCCGGAAGCAAGCACUAAUAAAAUCGCAUUGGAAAGGUUGCCGGGGGACAUUGUCCGUGUUCUUUGGCAUGCACCUGUGCGUGCCUUUCCCCCUUCUGCCCCGGGUGAGGAAGGAGUGAUGCUCAGAGCCAGGACCAUGGAGGAUGCUGCUCUUCAGACCUGGAUCAUCAUCCCCGGGAAGCAGUGUGCUUUAUGCCACCAAUCAGUCACAUCUGUGUAUAAAUCUGAGUCUUGAGUCUCAGGAAGGAUUUCUCGGCCUUAAGAGCUUUUUUUUUUUAAUUUUUUUUUCAUUUAAAAAUUGUUGCUUGCAAACCAUUUACAUUGAGUUCCUAAACACCGUGGAGAACACAGCCUCCUGCCUGUCUGAAAGUGGGGGGUCUCAGGCUGGUAAGAGUGGACAAGGUGUCCAGGUCCCUGAGGGAAUGGGGACAUGUGAUCACUUUGUGUCUGGGACACAGCCUUCCCUCCCUGAAGGCACUUCCGGGCUCCCCCAGGGAAGUGAGGCCCCUGCAGCUUGGGCUUAGCUCUGGCCUUGCAGGCCCUCACCCUGGGCUGGCUCCGCCCCCUGGUGGGAUCUGCGAACUGCACCCCUGCUCACUCUCUUGUUGAAGCCGUGGAAGCAAAAGCCUGUACCGUGCCUGGUGGCUCUUGUGGGUCCUGUGGACAGCCCAGUGUGCCGCACGGUGUGACUUCAGUGACCCAAGAUUUGAAACCGGAAAAAUGUCCAGUGGCUGCCCGAAUCUAUGUUAGAUUCUAGAGCCCAAGCCCAGCACCCUGUAGAGCCCGGUCUUUUCCAGGGGGACCCGUGAGGGCCUCCGAAUGGGUGAGUCAGGUUCCCUGGGUAGGCCUAUGAUUCCACCACAGGAAGGACGCAGAGGCAUGCGUGUGAAUGGCAGAAGUUGUCUUCCUUGGGACGACACACCAGAGAGCAUCUACAAGCUUGUGAGGGCUUCUGCAUGAGAGUUGCGGGCUGGAUUCUGAUUUUUUUUUUUAAUUCUUUUUUUCGGAGCUGGGGACCGAACCCAGGGCCUUGCGUUUGCUAGGCAAGCGCUCUACCACUGAGCUAAAUCUCUAACCCCUGGAUUCUGAUUUCUUAUCAUGGACAAAUGUUCCCGCUAACUGCACCUUAGGUGGCCCCAUCUUGUUAAUUCCUUGCUUUUUUAUGAUUUACUAUUAUUCUGCAGAAAAUACUCUUUUCUCACCUUUGCACCCCAAAUUAGUGGAAUCAGAGCUGCCUGCCACUUGGACUGAAAUCUUAGACCUCUCCCUCGGGUACCUUCUUGAUGGGGCUUGAUCUCCCCAGUCUUCUUUUGCUGACCGUUUUCCUUCUUCCUCUGACUCUGACAGAGAGCCAGGGGUGUGCCGUGUAAAAGGGAAUGGAGAAGCUUCCAGAAAAACAUAAUGGGGCUACUUCUUAGAAUUUAGUUUUCAGGAACUGUUUUUGGAUUUCUGUCUCCUGCAGAGUGUGUGCGGCCCCUCGGAGUGGAUCUGCAGCUGCAUUUUUCUCUAAAACAGCUGGGGCCCCUGCAGGCCUUGGUUCAUGAGUAGAAAACCCACCUGUGGGGACUGAGCCACAGGUGCUGAAAGGAGGGCACCUGGGUUGGCAGAAGUGGUCAGCACCUGCCUGCCCUGGGAAUGACUGUCCAGAGGAACGAACCAGCUGCUGUCCCCAGGUGUCAUGGGCUGCACAGGUCACGAGACUGCUGGCUGAACUGGAGAAAACAGGUCCGUCUGCCUUCUCUCUUCUUCCCCAGCUCCCCAUUCUCCGGGAGCAGGUUCUGCACCAACAUCUCAGCCCCCAAGGUCGUGCUGUGGCCCCGGACCUUGGUAUUGAAAGCCGUGCUCGUGGCUUGGUUUGGCAGCUCAGCCAGUGGGGGAAGAUGGCGCUCAGGGGUUAGUCAGAACCCAACCUGAGCCAGCAGUCAGUUAGGUGGCUCUGCACUGCUCUGUCUGGGCCCCGUUUUAACUGCAGUAGUUGGGGGAGCCCAGUUGAAGAUGAGUUUCGUUCCUGACGGGGCCCAGCCUAAGUGUACCUGGAGCCCAUCAGCAGCUACCAACCGGUAGCUUAGCUGUGCAGUCUGCCGGUGCAGGACAUUCAGUUGGCUGCAUGUGUGCCCUUUGUGUCAUGUGGGCUUUCUAGAAAGAAAGCUUCCCUGCCUCUGCUUGUCCCACUCUGGAGCAGAACUGGUCUCCAGGUAUCAGAGGAUUCCAUGCAAGGAUUUGGCCCCUGGAAGGAGCAUGUUCCUGGAAGAUGCUUGGGGCAGAUGUCUUCCAGGAACACCGAACCCUGCCUUCUGCAAACUCCUCACACCCACUGUAAGCUCUCACACCUAGAGGUGGGUGUGAGGAACCCCAAGGAUCUUAGCUCCUAGCUGAGCAAGGUGUCAGUUCACCACUUCUGUCACCAGCACCAGACAUCCUGCCAAGGGACCCGAAGAUGCUUCCCUGUGAUCUAGCAAGCCACGCGGACGGUGGUGGCUUGGGUGUUUUGUAACUCCAGCCGAUCAAGAUUGGGAGUGUGUUUAUUCGCAGGUCCCAGAGGGUGUCCAAUGUCUGUGUGUGACCAUGGACAGGACCUCAGAUUAAUGACACUGGUAUUCAUUCUUUGACCUCAAGGGUGAAUUUGUUAAAGCCCUGUGUUGCUUCGAUGGCUUGUUUUAAACGAGGUCUAUGUCUCUUUUCUGUGCCUUUCUGCUGAGUGGCAAUACUUGUAUUUGCCAGAUGCUGGUGAGACUAUGUGAGCAGCUGGCAGUUUGCACUGAGAGUGUGGAUGCACAUAGACACCAUGUGUGUCAGGGUGCAGGUGCACAUAGACACCACGUGUGUCAGGGUGGUCCUUGGCUAGGCCUCACAGAGGUCUAGAUGGGCUGGUUAUUGUUGCAUUUUAUAAAGAGAAGCCAGGGAUAUGUUUGGUGGAGGGGUGGUGUGGGGAAAGGGGACGCCACUGCAGGCCCGCGCUGAGGCAUCCCUCCCCCUGAGGUACCAGCCACAGGACAGUAUUAUGGAAUUGAGUUUAUUUAGGGAAUGGGGAGAGUCGAUGAGGGAGUAGAGAGGGAGAAAGGCAGAGAGGGGGGGGGGAAGAGGGGAGGCCGGCUAUGAGCACAUGGGAGGGGAGUGGGGAAAGAAGGGGAAGAGAAUAAGGGAGCAAGAGAGUGAGGAGGGAGCAGCAGCCCCUUUUUAUGGCGAGUCAGGCACGCCUGGCUGUUGCCAGGCAACUGUGGGGCGGAGCCUAGACGAAAUGUCAACAGUUGAGAUGCAUCAUGGGAAUGUAGCUCAACUGAUAAAAGUGCAUCCCUAACGUGCACAAAGCCCCGGGUUGCAUUCCCAGUGCCACAUAAACUGCGAAUGGUGGCACACACCUGUAACCCUAGCACUUGGAAAUAUAAGGCUAUCCUUGGCUACAUAGCGAUAACAAGCCAACCUAAGAUAAUUGAGACCCUAGUUUUUAAAAAAAGAAAAAAGCACCGUGAGUAGAAAAGGUAAGGGCCUGGUUAGUUGGGCGUGAGAACACCCACGCUGUUUCUCUCUUCUCUCGUGGUCUGGCACCGCUGGCUCUUCCUGGGUGUGUCCACUUGGGAGAGCGGGCUAAAUGGACUCCAGUAGUCAGCAGGGCUGCUUCUGCCCCGCCAUGCCUGAGUGAGGAGCCUGCUUCCCAGAAACUCCUCAGUCUCUGUGACACACUAGAGAAAAACAAAGGAGGAAGGAUUUAUUUUAGCCCAUGAUUCAUUUUAGCCCAAGGUCACUUGUCUGUGUUGUUUGUGGGCCGGAAUCAAGGCCGAAAGUCAGGGCAGGAGCAUGGUGACCCGGAAGUGGGAUAAAACAGGCAGGGAAGGAGCAAGGGACAAAACUUCAGAAGCCUUGCUGGCAGGGACCUGCUUUCUCCAAUGAAGGCUGACCACCUCCGUCACCUCUGAGAACACUCACAUUAUGAAACCAGCAAGGAAUUAGUGUGGCAGUGACGUCAGGAUGCAGUCAGUGCUCCAGAGCCAACCAGCUGGCAACCCAGCCCCUGCGCAGGAGGCCGCGGACAGACUUCCAACCAUCACAGAGGGUCAAGCCGGAACUGCGGAGAGGCUGGGUCAGGGUGAUGAGCUGGGUGUCCUUACCUUCUGUCCACAGCCUGGACUUGGGAGCCUAGGCUUUCGUCAGGUGGGGAUGGCAGCAGAUAAUGGCUCAGGAGCAAGAACGUGGGCUUUUUGUUUGUUUUCUGUUUUGUUUUUUUUUUUGGUUGUUUGGGACAGGGUUUCUCUGUGUAGCCCUGGCUUUCCUGGAACUUACUCUGCAGACCAGCAUGACCUUGAAACGGCCUCUGCCUGCGGAGUACGGGAUUAAAGGUGUGCACCACCGCUGUAUGGCUAAAACGUGGGGUCCCCUGCCCAGGGAAGUCUCCCCUGAUCUUAUGGAGCUGUCCCAGGGAAUGAAAUAUGUUCAGAACAAGUGCCUUUUAAAGCUUUCUGAGACCCUUUGUGGUUUUUCUCUGUUAUGUAUGUCAAAUAUAACAUCUAUUUUUUUAAGCAAUAAAGUUGUUUACUUGCCAAAA